CGAGGAGGUACAAACACGUCAGCAUCAUGCGGUCAAUUGCCCUUGGUGGGCCUCUUGUCUCUCUCCUGUAGUGAGGUGCUGGUGUCGACCCUCUCCUGCCCCUUAAAGCCCGUGUGCCGCCAGAACUGGUCUGAUAUGGGGCCCCGCCUGCGCGUCAGCUCCUUCUUGGGCGCCUGGUGGGCCUGACGCAGCGUCACGGCGUUCUCCAAACCACGCGCACUGCGCAUCUCGUUGAAGCGCCUGACACCAGACGGACAGACGAAAAAACCGUAGACUGUUCGGGGGCUUGUCGGUGUGGGUAUUGGGCAUGUACCUGAGUAGGUUUGCUUGGUACUGGAGAAUCCAGUCUCUGAGCUCAGAGGGAGAGAGGGGGCGGCACGGACACACACACAGGCCGCAAUGAUCAAUGCUGCUGGUGCGAAAUGUGGUGCACUCUAACCUUCUGACGCCGUAGUAGUCGAACUGGCGCGUGUUGUCCAGCCAUUUCAACGUCUGCAGCCAAGCAUCAGGGACACCCACAGGCAGAGAAAGAUCGACGGGUGCCCGGAGUCAACAAAGGCGGCCGGCAGCUUUUUGUUGGGUGGGUCGGCUGACCAUUCUGUGUUGGAGCCUUGUGUCUGAGGCCAGGUAGGGCCACCACUCGCGAAUGACGUGAGCACCUAGGGGCAUGGUAUACGUGUGACGUAUCUGUCUGUGUGUCUGGGGUGUGUGGGAGGAUGGGAUGACGUGACGUACCAACUCUGUGUUCCUUGAUGGCGAUGCGCAUGUCAGUGGACAUGCUGCGAGGCACCUGACGACAGACACCACACACGUAGUUGGAUGAGAUGAAUGCACGCACAUCACAUCAGGCGCGCACACGUGUCCGUCCGUCCGUCCGUCUGUCUGUCUGUCUGUGGUAAGCACCUUUCCGAGAAUGUACAGCCGAUGAAAGAACUCAGUAUAGGACACCUGCACACACAAAGAUAGACAGACAUACAGAUACACUGACUGUGUGGAAACAAUCCGUCCGUCCGUCCCCACCGACCAUUUUGAUGGUGAUGACCAUGGUGUUGUUCCAGCUGCAGAUACGGCCCCAGUCCUCUGACACACACACACACACACAGACAUGGAGGCACCACACAGCGUGGAGUCACAUAUAUGUGCAUUAGCGUGGUGGCAUCUCAGUUACUUCUUGUGACUCGCAGGUAUCGCGUGGGAUUGUCCUUGUUCACCAUGAUGCUUGCUGCAUUCAUGGAUGGCACACACACACCAUCCAUCCAUCCAUCCACUCUCCCUCCCACUCUCCCUCGCUCCCUCCCUGCUUCUCUCUCUGAAGCAGCAUACAUACCGAUGUAGAGCCUCCCCGGAUCGGCGUGGUACUUGUGCGACAGCUGCUCCUGCGCCCAUUGGAGCUGCAUGGCAGGCAAACACACACAACGGACUAGUGGCUCUGUCACAACGUCCGUCCGCCAGUCCACACAUGAAGAAUGUUCUUACGGUGUUGAAAACGGGCUGUAGUCGGUGCACAGGUAUGGCCGCCAUCCAGUCGAUGGCGUCCUGCAGAUGCAGACCCUUGAUCUGUAUGUUAUCCACCACACACAACACACAACACACAACACCACACCACACGCCAGACCACACCACAAACAAUGUAUUGAUGCACGCCUGUGUGUCCACUUGCCCCUCUCUCCUCUCUCCUCUCUCCUCUCUCCUCCCUCCCACCAGCCGGGCAUAUGCCGUGAGCCGCUUGGCACUGAGCUUCAGCGGGACCCGGGUCUUGUAAGACCACGUCUGCGGUGGACCUGAACGAGGCUGCACACAGAUCAUCAGACAGGAGCGCACAUAACAUCCACGCGAGUGGGGGAAAUGGCCAACUAGUAUGUGUGUGUGUGUGUAUGUAUGUGUGCAGUGACUGACUGACCGGGUCUUCCUCAGGGUCUGGAAAUCGCGGCCAUAUGUGCCUUCGCCGGCGGCGGUCGAGAUUCUGGUGACGCACCAGCCGCCGACGCCAUCUGAUGAAUGAAUGCACACAACACACGCACAUCACAUACUCUCCCUCGCUGCAGGCCAUGCCAUUUCCAACACUUACGGGUGCCAGCCCCUCCUGCGCCAGAAGGGGUUCCUGAUCAACGUCCGCACACUGCCCAGAGAUGAGCCGAAGCAGCUGGCAGCAAAUACGGACGUGUUGUCAUGAGGGAAGCAGGACCGCAGUGGUCCUGUUGCCGCUGCUGCUACUGCUAGUGUCGGUGUGUGUGGCGUCGGAUGUGCACUGCAUGGCGGGGCGAAGAGGGCGGGAGGGGGAGGGACGCGCGUCACGGGACGCGAGCACGAACGAAGCAUGAUAAAAG